AUGUGGACCAAGGUCUUCUCCGAGGAGGACAGGAAGCAGACGAUCGGCAACAUCUCGGGCCACAUGUCGACGUGCAAGGACAAGGAUGUGCUCAAGCGCGCAAUCAGCGUCUGGCACCAGGUCGACGCAGAGCUGGCUGAGAAGAUUGCCGAACCGCUCGGCCUCAAGGGAAAGUACAAGACCGACCUCCGAGACGAGGUGUUCAACGGUAGUCACAACUUCUUGGGCCGCAAGCUCGGCCAAGACGCAGGUGCUGCUACCCAGUGGAGCCGUGCGGAUCAGAAGCUCAAGGCCAAGGAGCCGGUGUACGGCCUCAGCUCGAACGAACACGGUCUCGUGAACGGUAGCAAGACGAGUGCUUCCGUUGUCUAG